CCUUGAAAUAACUAAAUGUGUCCACUUAAGGACAUUCUUCAAAAGGCCUAUGGAUUUGCGAGUACUGUGCGUGUGUUUUUGCGCGUGAGGGGAAGUGACAGAGAAUGGGAGGGUUGAUGCAUACAGUGCCCAGUUUAGCAGCUUGCAUGAAUGACCCAGCGGCGCCACAAAUAGGCACGGGUAGGGCUGUAGACUACUCUGUCAUCACACCGCGGUACCAGAGUCCGGAGAGAGAGACGCGAAUGGGAGCAAAGACAUGGAGUGUGUGUAGAGAGAAUGGGAAAGAUGAAACUGUGAGCAUAGGCCUACAGCAUCAGCAGCAUCUGAAAAAGCAGAGGCAAACGCACGGUGUCUCAUAUUACUGCGUAUAACAGAGGAGGAUGGAAACUUUCCCGUUGCGCCAGAGAUCUGGAUUGAUAAUAUUAUAUGUUUGUGGAUAGCCUACCAUUGUUUUUUUGCGCACCAAUAGGAAAAGGUGUUUUCUGGAGGUUUGAGGACAGCGAUGGUUGCAUCACCUUCAACAGCCGGUCAAUCUCAUUUCAAGGAGCCACAUCAUAAGCACUACCUGGGGAACUGGUCUUUUGGAGGAUAUGCAGAUAUAGGAUCGGUUUGGUUGUUAAAUUCAUUUAGCAAACCAAACACUAAAACCAGCUAUUAUCAUUUGUAUGUUUACCAGUAUGAUGAACUCUUUUUUUGAUACUUCGCCUGCUGCUAUGAUUGCUACAAUUCCUGUCAGCGGUAUGUCCACUGCUGGGACGGGCGCGGUAACCAGUGCGCUGCGAAAUGAUUUGGGGUCCAAUAUCCAUGUCCUGAAGACUCUGAACCUGCGGUUUCGCUGUUUUCUUGCCAAAGUUCAUGAACUAGAGCGGAGAAACAAGUUGUUAGAGAACCAACUGCAGCAAGCCUUGCAGCAACAACGAUACCAAGUAUACACUCGUGAAGUGGCUGUCCAAACCGACUCUCCUGAAUCCCGACUGCCUGGUACCAUUUGGAGUUUCACGCACGUGAGAAGACACGGAGAGCGCUAUGAGACUCUCCAGGGGCCCGGCGUAUCCUGGAAUCACCCGGACGGUGUUGGGGUCCAAAUCGAUACGAUCACCCCAGAAAUAAGAGCUCUGUAUAAUGUGUUGGCUAAAGUCAAACGAGAGAGAGACGAAUACAAGAGAAAAUGGGAAGAGGAGCUAAACAGACGAGAGCAGCUGGAGUCCUUGGUGGAAUCCAUGCAGGAGAACGCUGGAGGAGAGGAGACUUCCCUGGGGGGCUCUAACCUCUCUGAGGUAAAACAGAGUGCCCAGGAGUCAGAGGAGAUCCAGGAUGAACUGAAUGAGAAGGUGGAGAGGCUGAAGGCUGAGCUGGUGGUCUUUAAGAGCCUUAUGAGUGAUCAAAUGUCCGACUUGGACACUAAGAUCCAGGAGAAAGCCAUGCGGGUGGACAUGGACAUCUGCCGGCGCAUUGACAUCACCGCCAAACUGUGUGACGUGGCUCAGCAGUGCAACUCAGAGGACAUGUCAAAGAUGUUCAACGUCAGCCCGGCCAGGUCGCUACCAGAGAGGGGUGCCAUGGCGUGCUGCAGGACGAAGGAGCGCAGGCCUGUGUCUGACGAGGACAGCUCUGAGAUGGAUGCAGACCCCAGCACCAGUACCUCAGAGGAGGAGGUCCCUCUCAACAUUACUGAUGAAAUGAAACGCAUGCUCAACCAGCUAAAUUGUUCAGAUGAUAAUUUUGUUGCCAGGAGGGAGACGUUUGACAUUGAUGACGACUGUGACAGCCUGACAUGGGAAGAGAACGACGAGACCCUCUUGCUAUGGGAGGACUUCAGCAACUACAACAUACAACCCGGUGCCAUCCCUGCGACAAACUGCACAGCCAACAGCAACACAGAGGAGCCUGUCUCUCAAGAUGGAAGCCUGGGCAGCCUCAUAGAUGAGACAGAAUCACUAUUUAAGACCAGAGAGCAGGAGUACCAGGAGACCAUUGGCGCGAUUGAGAUGGAGCUAGCCACAGCGAAGAGUGACAUGAACAGACACCUGCAUGAGUACAUGGAGAUGUGCAGCAUGAAGCGUGGUCUGGACGUGCAGAUGGAGACGUGCAGGAGGAUGAUCAAAGGGGGCAGGAACUCUCCCUCCGUCAGCUCGGUGGCCAGCAGCGACUCAGGGAACACUGACGAGAUCCAGGACGAACUACUGGACAAGGACGGAGAGGCUGAGGUGCCAAUCAGUUGAUGGCCUGGCUCCACCCCCUUCCUUCCCUGCUCACUGACAGCUGCUCACAGAGCUCCACCCUGCUUGGGGGCUGACCCCAGUGUUCUGGCCUGUUUGGCAUCUUUAGCCAAGGGGUAUUGGUGGUCCUGAUGGUCCUAUGGGUCUGGCCCACUGUCCCAGGCCCAGAACUGGUGCUUAUUGUCUCUGUUCUCACAGGAAUGGAGGGGACGAGGUUCCUUUGCUUCACAAGUGUUUUAAGGCAGAGGUGGCACAUACAAUAUAGUGUCUGAGCUGUGCUCUCUUUCUCAGUGCUGCACAGGAACAUCCAGCAAAACAAUCAACAUGAUCAAACCAGUCGUACUGGCUCACUAUUAGCAUAGUCUAAACAGUUACACUGUCACCAUUAUCAUUCUGUUGGCCUGAGGCGAACAGUCCAUUUGGUGAACAGGGAACAACAUACACAACAUUAUUCACCAGUGAGAAUAUCUAUCAUUUUGAGUUUUUUUUAUAAUCACACAGAAAAUCACAGAUCAAGAGCAGUCACACUAUUUUGUACUUGCAUGUUCCCCAUAGAUGCAGAUUGAUCAUUCACAUAUACUGUACAUGCAAAUGUCCAAUUGAGGAUUGAAAUGUUCUCACCAAAGUGUCAAAGCUAAAAAAUGUGACUGGACUCUACAUGGUUACCAGUGUUGACUGGGGAACGGAGCACAGCCCUUUGCUGCAAUAAUGCAUUGUUCACAUUCUAUGCAAUUUAGCUAGCCUAAUUUCAGGAUGAACUUUAACCUUCAUUACCCCUCUUUUCCCUCAUGAUUUGCCUUUUUAAGUUGGGCAGGUGUUUUAUAUCUGUCAUUCAGAGUGCUCCUGUGUGUUCUCCAAAGUAGAAGAGCAAUGGGAGGUGCAGAUUUAUCUCAAAGAAGGAAAAUGUUGGAACAGUGACCCCCUAGUUUCCUUUGUCAAAGGCAUACCUUCUCCCCCUAUCCAUGUUAAUUUAGAGGCCGUAAACAUUUAAAAGAUUAUCCAAAACAAUAUGGAACAAGGUGCCAGCAAAUAUGCUGUUUUCGAUUUGUAUUGCCUUAUGCUGAUUACUAUCAUACUAAGCUUUUCCCUUAAAUGUAUCUGUUAUGAUUGGUAGAACUAAGUUAUUUAUGGUCCCUUAGGCUACUCUUUGGUAAGUCCAAAGCAGUGGAGGCUGCUGAGGGGAGGACGGCUCAUAAUAAUGGCUGGAACAGAGUGAAUGGA